GUCCAGGACAACACUCCUUUCGAACCAACCGAUUUUCCAUACCUCAUUCGAUCAUUCCCUUACACACACGCGUUAGAGAGUUUGUCGGAAGAAUCUUCUUUGUUUUGGGCACUGCCCCAAAGCUCUUGCGGCAUCAACACCCGACUCGGCACACCGCCCAUUUGCAGCGUCUGAUCGCCAGCAUCAGUUUAUUUCCAUUUUUCUUUUUCUCGAGGAGAGGACACCACUGUUCGGAACAAUAUCCCUUGGCGACGGACAACGGAAGUAGUCGAGAAUGGCGACCGACGUGCUCAAUCAGGAGCCUAAGCAGGAGGUGAAAGAUGAGCCGAAAGGGGAGAUUAAGCAAGAGGAGGGAGUCGCUGCCUCGACAACAUCAAUGUCGGCUACGCCCGCUCCCUGCAAAUCUCCAGUGUCGGCUGCGAAGUCCUCCACCACCCCGAGCAAGCCCGCCAAAUCUCCCGCCAACGGAUCCAACAAGACUCAGGGUACUGGGUCGAGGCGGCCGGCCCGCAAGAGCACCCUCACGCAGCAGCAGAAGAACCAGAAGAGGCAGCGGGCAACGCAGGACCAGCUGACGACGCUUGAGAUGGAGUUCAACAAGAACCCCACGCCCACGGCCAAUGUGCGCGAGAGGAUAGCCGAGGAGAUCAACAUGACCGAGAGGUCUGUUCAGAUCUGGUUCCAGAAUCGACGUGCCAAGAUCAAGAUGUUGGCCAAGAAGAGCUUGGAAAACGGCGAGGACAUGGAUUCGAUCCCCGAGUCGAUGCGUCAGUAUCUUGCGAUGCAGGCCAUGGAGUCGGGCAAGAGCAUCCCGGGUUUCUUCGGUCGCAACGGUCUCAUGCCCUAUGGACAGCACGGGAUGGCGGGCGGCGAUCAGUCUGGCCCGGGCAAAGUUUUGAUUCACCAUCUCAACUGCCGCUCUCUCACCAUCGGUCGCUGGAUGCGGGUUGGCCAAAACGCCAUGGACCUGAUCAUCUUCUACUCUCCCGACAAGUGCACCAUGACCUACUACAUCAACAAUGACCAGGCUGGAUACAAGAUCGAGUAUCCGUUCUCGUACAUCAAGGCCAUCUACCUCAACAAUGUCGAGGGUGGUAAUGACCAGAUGGGCGGCAUCACGAUUGAGCUCCUCCACCCGCCAAACUUCUACAUGGACUCGUCUACUACGGCGACCUUUGUCCAGGUCCGCGACUUCACCGAGGACCUCCAGGCCUCUCGGGUGCUGACACACCACCUCGGUGGAAACCCGAAGGUGUUGAGUGGUCAGCUCGCCAAGCUGGUCAGUCUGGAGGCCUUUAUCCACCGUCACAGCGCGCCCCCCCCGCCUCCUCCUCCUCCGGCCCCGGUCUUCGAUCAGCUCCACCCUCUGUCCAUGUCUGCCCCGGUUUCGCCAGCCCGGCCGUCAUCGCAACCGAACUUUGCCCAGCCGCACGUUGGCAUGUUUCAGGAGUCUCAGUGGGGCAUUGCGCCUCACCAUCAGACCAUGAUGAUGCGCGGCCCGGGUCACAAGAGGCAGCGCAGCCGCAGCGUGCCGGGCCCCAUCGACUUUCAAACGAUGCAGCUGCUGCAGCAGCCGCCGAGCUUCCACAUCACCCAGCCAGAGAACCAGGCGCCGAACAACAACCCCCAAAUCUUCAGCCCGGUUCCCCAACAGCCCAACAUGCUGGGUCCCGUGGGCCCGAACUUGCGGAUCGAUACUCAGGCAGGCUUCGGCAGUGUCGACAUGCGGACCUACCCGCUCUCGGCGACCACUGCCCCCUCGCCGUCCGAAUACUCGAGCCCCAACUUCUUCGCCACCCAGGCCCCAGACAACAACGGGAUUCCUGCGUCGAGCUUCACUCCCUAUAGCGGCACCUUUUCGCCUCUGGUUGACCCGGCCAACCUCGGCCUCCCUCCCCCGUCAAUCUCGCCGCUCUCGUUCAACCAUCCUGACCCCGCCAUCGUUGGAGAGUCUCCACCAAUGUCGAUGCCUCCGAUGUGCGAGGGUUCCGCUGUCUCCGACGAUGGCACAGGCCUGAACGACAUGUAUCCGACCGGAAAGCAAACCAUGACACUCCCGCUCCACCCGCACUCGCCGUUUGUGGAGCCGAAUCAAGCCGACAUGGAGCUGAACCAGUUCAUGGACCUCAGACGCUUUGAUGCCGAGCAAGCCUCGAUGUCGCCCGAGAGCGUCCAGGCGCAAUGAGCGGGCGGGCUCGAUGCCCUCCUCCCGCUCCUCUCCUUUGGCUCUGCAUUUCCGGCUCUGUGGCUGUCUCUUUUGCAAAGACAUGGCUCUCGGCGGACAGCACGGAUUGGUUUCAUGACUCGCAAUAUACCCGUCGAGAGCUGUUGCUUCCCUUGGCUUGAUUUGUCUCCGCGGCGUUCAGAGGCGUCUUCGCAUAUACCUGGGCGCUUGUCUGGCUGAUUGUCUUGUUUUCUGUCUCUUGUGGCGAACAGAUUUCAAGGGGUCCCUCUGCUCUCUCGACUCCUCUCCGAUCUAUAAGCGACACAAACAAAUCCUCAUUUCCAGUUCGACUUCUUAACCCCAACUUUCUCUCCUCCGCUAGCCACGAACCUCCCCAUGACGAUUUCCCGCCGCUCGUGUGUCGUCUAGCACUCCGGCUGCGGGAUUUCUUGCUUUCACAUUCUCGUUUGGCAUGUCACUCUUCCUUGCGUUGUUCCCUUGUCUUUGCAUGCGGAUGAUUUUGCUAUUCCCAGACCGCUGCCUGCAAAAU